CGCGAACCUCCAGAACACAAAGGGCCUCGACUGUUAGUUUGAACCGUAACAAAUUUUGAAUGUUUAACGUUAAACAUUUGAACUACGAUGACUUCCUCAACAGGCUGGCUGGAAAAGGGCAGCCAAACAAUUGAUGGCGGACCCAGCGGGCCGUGACGUCAAGUAAUAUUCGAUCUAUUAGUAUUUGCAGCCUAAGCAUCUUGUGCACUAACAUCUUCGUCCAUAGGACUCACGAAUUUCUUGGAUGGCCUCCUCAUCUCGAGGAGAUUCAUACGACUAUACCGAGGGAGCAUCUGCGAUUGAUAUCCAAAAUGCCGUUCACAGUUCUCAACGUGCUCGCCGAGACUCUCGAUAUGGAGAUGAGGGCGAAGGAACCAUGUUCGAUGGACCUGGGCAUACCGUUAAUCCAAGCAGCGUCUCUAGAAUGUCACUCUCCGAACAUGGACGUAGAAGCAGCGAUGGCUUGCGACGUCCCUCGAGCAGCCGUAGAAGGAGUGAGGAUAGCAGAAGUAGGGAUGGAAGUCGCAGAGGCUCGCAAAGUCGUCGCAUGAGCGGAGACAGCUAUCUUUCUAAUGGCUUUGCGGGCCAUCGAGCCGAUGAAUAUGCGAGCGAGGUGGAAGAAGAGGAAGGUGAAGGAGUCUCAAGGCCUCUGAGGCGCAAGUCACCCUCACCACCACCAACGCGUCCUGGUACAAUGUUCGAGAACAUUGCUCAUAUGUUUGGCAGAACACCUCAGGUGCCCGAGUCACCUCCUCGUAGCAGACGUGCUUCCCUCUCUAGUCGAUCAUCUCGAACAGGUCUUCUUCGUCGACCAAGCAGUCGCCGCUCUGACGCCGGUUCCGACUACGCUCUUGAGUCAGAGGCAUCUGAGGAUGAGCGCUGGGGUUACGCUUCCGAAGAGGGCGACGAAGAAUACGAGUCGGAAGAAGAUCGAGAUAUUGACAAAGAUUCCAUGGACAUGCGUUCAUUAGAUGGACGCGGGUUUCCUUCAGGACCUGCCUUGCCACUAAUGUCUGGCGAUCCAAUAUUUGGUGGGGAGGAGCGAAUAGAUAUGGGCGAAUUGGAACCACUCGCUCCCCCACCACCAGGACCGCCUAGCAGACAAUCAAUAUACGUUGCGGAUGAGGAUGCUGACAUUCGGUUUGUGGGCUACGAAACUGUACCAAUGCGGCAAUUACUCUGGAGAAUAUGUUGCGUUGCAACUUUUGGUGUUUUAGGUCUCCUAGGUCACUGGUUCCCCCUACUAUGGCUUCGUUGGGUUGCUCGAGAGAAGGCUUUCAAGGAUACCAAGCAUGGCUUUGUCGUUGUAGAGUCCGCAUAUAGAGAUAUCGCCCUAUUCCCCUCGUUCACUAUUGAUUAUCCCUAUCCCAUAUCGACUGUCUUCCCAGGACCUGAGUUGGGCAAUUCGCCUCAACCCAAUGAUGAUAAUGCGAUACCCGGUCUUCUUCAUGUGGUGGACUAUCGAUAUGCACGGUUCGUGCUUAACCCUCGCACAGGCCUUUUCACUAUGCUCAAUGACUGGCGAGAUCCAUCGUGGACGGGCAUACGCUCCGUUCAGAAUGGUCUGGAUAGGAUGACCGAGGAUCAAAGGCGCAGAUUGUUCGGUGACAAUGUCAUUGAUAUUCAAGGCAAAUCAACGCUGUCUCUGCUCGUCGACGAGGUUAUACAUCCGUUCUACGUCUUUCAGAUCGCCAGUAUCGUGUUGUGGUCCUUGGACGACUACUAUUACUAUGCGUUUUGCAUUCUUUUGAUCUCCGCUAUCAGUAUCAUCACGACGUUACUGGAGACAAAGAAGACGAUCAAACGGAUGCGUGAAAUGUCCCGGUUCUCGUGUACCGUUAACGUGUAUACUGACGGAAAAUGGCAACUACGAGACUCAACUACGAUCGUGCCAGGAGACAUCGUCAAUCUCAAUGAUCCUCCACUUUCAACAUUACCUGCAGACCUCUUCCUGCUCUCUGGAGAUGCUAUCGUCAACGAGAGUAUGUUGACUGGCGAAAGUGUUCCCGUCAGCAAAAUUCCAGUCAAAGACGAUGAUAUCGCACGAUGGAGGGACGCGAAGGACGUAUCAGGUGAUAUGGCUAAGAGUUUCUUGUAUGCAGGGACUAGGGUAGUGAGAAUCCGAAAUGGAUUGACUACGGACGGAAGUCCGGGGAGACCUGCUCUCGGACUCGUGGUUCGAACUGGGUUCAACACCACGAAAGGUGCUCUCAUCCGGUCUAUGCUUUUCCCCAAACCGAUAGGAUUCAAGUUUUAUCGUGACUCUAUCCGGUUCAUCUUGGUCCUGGCCGGUCUGGCAGGCGUUGGUUUCUGCGCAAGCGCUGUUCAGUUCAUUCGACUCGGUGUGAAAUGGCAUACAAUCCUGUUGCGUGCCCUUGAUCUCAUCACUGUUGUGGUUCCACCCGCUUUACCUGCCACUCUAUCCAUCGGUACUAGUUUUGCCAUUGGCCGACUCCGGAAACAAGGCAUCUUCUGUAUAUCUCCAAGUCGAGUCAAUGUUGGUGGUCGCAUCAACGUUUGCUGCUUUGACAAAACUGGCACGCUUACCGAGGAUGGUUUGGACAUACUCGGAGUGCGCCCAUUGGAACGCAAUGUACAUCGGUUUGGGGAACUCAUUGAAGACGUGAGAGAUCUCCCGAAUAAGCAAAGCAAGUCCAACUUUUUAUACGCGCUGGCAACCUGUCAUUCGCUUAAGAAAGUCGAUGGCCAAGUUAUUGGUGAUCCACUGGACGUGAAGAUGUUCGAUUUCACAAAGUGGUCACUGGAAGAAGGUCACGUCGCUGGAACUGGUCUCGUUAAAAGCAAAACAGGUGGGGAUAGACCGGCUGCGUUGGUGCAAACCGUGGUUCGCCCUCCUGGAGGCGUAAGAUUCAGAGUAGAGGACGCGCUGAAAGCAUCUGGGCGGCAUGCACACUUCCUGGAACUUGGAGUUAUUCGAACCUUCGAGUUCGUUUCUUCUCUUCGCAGAAUGAGUGUCAUUGUCAAGAGACUCAAGAGCAACAGUAUGGAAAUAUAUGUGAAAGGAGCACCUGAGAUCAUGGUUGACAUUUGCGAGAGGGCUUCAUUCCCGGACGACUAUGAUGACUUGCUUUCGUAUUAUACCAAACGUGGAUAUCGAGUAAUCGCAAUUGCAGGCAAAAGCAUUGAAGGUCUCUCCUGGCUGAAAGCGCAGAAGAUGAAGCGGGAGCAAGCGGAGUCAGGUCUCCAAUUCCUGGGCUUGGUGAUCUUCGAGAACAAAUUAAAACCAGGCACUACUCCUGCGAUCCAGGCUUUACGUCAAGCACACCUCGUCUGUCGAAUGAUCACCGGGGACAACCCUCUAACUGCCGUCAGCGUUGCACGAGAAUGUGGACUUAUCAAUACCGCUGAACAUGUCUUUUCGCCAGUGUUUAUUAGAGGAAAUGCUUUCACCCCGAUGGCUAAAUUGGAAUGGUCGUGUAUGGACGAAGAAAAGUGGAAGCUGGAUAGCUACAGUCUGAAACCAUUGCAUCCUCCGUCACAUUCGACUAUCGAUGUUGACGCUGUUGAUCAUCACGACUACACGCUUGUUGUCACGGGCGACGUCUUUAGAUGGAUGAUCAAUAACGCUCCUCUGGAGACUCUACAACGGAUGCUCGUCAGAGCACAGAUCUAUGCUCGGAUGUCUCCAGACGAGAAAAACGAGAUUGUCGAAAGACUACAAGGCCUGGGGUACACAGUUUUGAUGUGUGGAGAUGGCGCAAAUGACUGCUCCGCCCUGAAGGCUGCGGAUGUAGGAAUAUCCCUUUCGGAAGCAGAGGCUUCAGUCGCUGCGCCUUUCACAAGUCGCACCCCGGAUAUUAGUUGUGUUCUGGAAGUCAUCAAAGAAGGUCGAGCCGCUUUAGUCACCAGCUUCAGUUGCUUCAAGUACAUGGCUCUCUACUCGCUCAUCCAAUUCACCACGAUAACUCUCUUGUACUCAUUCGCUUCUUCCCUAGGCGACUUCCAGUUUUUAUAUAUCGAUCUCUUCAUCAUUAUACCAAUCGCUGUCACAAUGGGCAGAACCCUUCCCUUCCCGCGAAUACACCCUAAAGGUCCGACUGCAAGUUUAGUAUCAAAGAAGGUGCUUGCCAGUAUCAUCGGACAGAUUGUUAUCACGAGUGCGAUCCAAUUCUGGGCAUACUUCUGGGUGAGAUCUCAGCCUUGGUAUACGCCGCCCCCGCCGAAUGAUCCUAAGAGUGGCAAUGACAAACUGGAAGCACAAAAUUACGAGAACUCCGUCUUGUUCUUGGUAUCAUGCUUCCAGUACAUACUGGUUGCCGCAGUCUUCAGUAUUGGCCCUCCGUACCGAAAGCCGAUAUGGACGAAUAUUCCACUCAUGCUAUCGAUCGGUUGCCUAUCGCUUUUCAACGUGUUAGUCUUACUGGCGCCCCCAAAUCCUGUUGCCGCGAUAUUGGAACUUAUGCCACUGCCUUUCUCCGCACGGUUAACUUUAUUGGUUGCUGUCCUCAUGAACAUCGUUACUUCAAUGGCCUAUGAGCAUUGGGGUGCUCAAAGCGUGGCUCAACUCAUUGGCUCUGCACUAAGCAUGCAACGCCAAUGGCGGACGAGGGAUGGAAAAACCAUCUUUACCCGGAUAGUAUGACUUGAUUGAUACAGAUCCAAGCUCAAUUGAAAUUGGCGAAUAUGUCGUCGCCUAGACCUAGGUCAGCCUGUCGACUUAUCUCCUACCGUCAUGGAGCUGCAGCCUCAUAGAGAACGACACCAACGUCAUUUGUCACAUAACCCACGGUGAAGGCCUCGGUUCUAUGGAUUGCUGCGCAAUCCUCCGGAGCUCUGUUUUGAAUCCCUUGCCUACGAAUAAGCUCCAUACAGUCCGCCUUGAAAGCCUGCAGUUCUACUCCGUCUUGACGGAGAAAGACAAUAUAUUAGUGGUACAUGCAGUACUGAGUGCAGUUACCACUUUACUAGCGAUAUGAGCAGGGACAUCGGUAGGCUCAUUCUCAGCCACUAUAAAGGAAGACAGUAGUCAGGUAUGUAUGAAAAUAGUGGGUCGGUGUAAGGCAAAGUAGUCGGUUGCCUGUUGUCCAUUCACGAAGCUCAGCAUCGAGGUGUACAUAUUUUCUGCCAUGUCUUGCGUUCCCUUCGUGAUAUUUGUUACGUGAUACAUCAAGGCGUAAGAGAAUCAUGAAGACUGGCUGUGCAAUAAUGGAGAACAAUGGAU